AUGGCUCUACAGCUCCAUCCAGAUAAGUGUAGGGCUCCUCAUGCAACAGAGGCUUUCAAAGCUUUGGGUAAUGCAUACGCGGUCUUAUCUAACGAAGAAAAGCGAAAGCAGUAUGAUUUGUAUGGUACUGAUGGAGGAAAUGGAAACAAUGUUAGCAGUAGAGGACAAAGAGGAGACUUCUUUGAAUACGAUUAUACACAUGGAUUUGAUGCUGAAUUUACACCGGAAGAAAUUUUCAAUAUGUUUUUUGGUGGUGGGUUUCCUUCAGAAUCUGUACGAAGAAGGGGACAUACCUUCCAUCACAGUGCGCACCAAAGCACACGGAAUCAAAAUGAGAGUCCUUACACUCCUCUCCUUCAACUUUUGCCACUUAUUGCUAUUCUUGUCCUUGGUCUUCUAGCACAGCUUAUGGUUGGCGAUCCAGCAUAUUCUUUACAUCACUCAAGGUUAGUUUCAUUAAGGUCCAAUAUUCUUUGAGU